GGCGGGGGCCGCGGGGUUGGAGCGGGCGCGGGGGCGCGCGCCGGCCUGACGGACGGACGGACGGACAGACGGACGGAGCAGCCGAGGCGAGCGCGCAGCUCGGACCCGCCCGGACGCAGCGCUCGCCUGGCGGCGGCGGCGAUCACCGGCGCCGGUCCGGCGGCCGCGGCGCCCGCCCUCGCCCGCGCCCCAUGGGGUCACAGAAUGAGACCAGAACAAGGAGUGAAAACGUGACACUGACUUUGGGCGCCCCUUUGAAUUAAAGUUGGCGGAGCAUUCAACUCUUCAUCUUGGGGUCGUGAGUUCGAGCCUCAUGUUGGGUGUAGAGGCUACUUAAAUGAGUAAAUACACUUAAGAAAAAGAGAGAGAGAAAAAGUUGGUUUGACACUUGCCCGCUGAACUUGGUUGGGCAAUGUAGUGAACAUCUGAGGAGUGGAUAGGUGGUCUUCUGAAACUGUUGGCAUCUCCUCUGCUCUGGCUUCCGGACUGCUGGUGCUGCUUUGCUGUCUUCGGCACGGUGGAGACCCAGCUGGCCUUGCUGAUGGGGCAGAGGGCGGCUGGCAAGGUUGCCCGCACUACUACAGAGUUCUCCCGAUGGAGAGAGCCACAAGUAUUUCCAAGAGUCCGUAGAGGAGCAACAGCAAGGCUUCCAGAUGAACAACCGAAAGGAAGACAUGGAGAUUGCGUCCCACUACCGGCACCUGCUGCGGGAACUGAACGAGCAGCGGCAGCACGGCGUCCUGUGCGAUGUGUGCGUCGUGGUGGAGGGCAAGGUCUUCAAGGCGCACAAGAACGUCCUGCUCGGCAGCAGCCGCUACUUCAAGACGCUGUACUGCCAGGUGCAGAAGACGUCCGAGCAGGCCACGGUCACGCACCUGGACAUCGUCACGGCGCAGGGCUUCAAGGCCAUCAUCGACUUCAUGUACUCUGCCCACCUGGCCCUCACCAGCAGGAACGUCAUCGAGGUGAUGUCCGCCGCCAGCUUCCUGCAGAUGACGGACAUCGUGCAGGCCUGCCACGACUUCAUCAAGGCCGCGCUGGACAUCAGCAUCAAGCCCGACGCCUCGGACGAGCUCUCCGAGUUCGAGAUCAGUGCCCCUCCUGGCAGCAGCACGGACGCCCUCAUCUCGGCCGUGAUGGCGGGAAGGAGCAUCUCCCCGUGGCUGGCCCGGCGCACCAGCCCCGCCAAUUCUUCCGGAGACUCGGCCAUCGCCAGCUGCCACGAAGGGGGCAGCAGCUACGGGAAGGAGGACCAGGAGCCCAAGGCCGACGGCCCCGACGACAUUUCUUCGCAGCCGCUGUGGCCCGGGGACGUGGGCUACGGGUCUCUGCGCGUCAAGGAAGAGCAGGUCUCCCCGUCUCACUACGGAGGGAGUGAGCUCCCUUCCUCCAGGGACGCGGUGAUACAGAACUCCUUCUCGGAGCAGGCUGGCGGGGACGGCUGGCAGCCCACGGGCCGCAGGAAGAACCGGAAAAACAAAGAGACGGUCCGGCACAUCACACAGCAGGCGGAGGGCGAUAGCCGGGCCGGCUCCCCGGUGGCCCCUUUCCUUCCGACGUCCGGGUGGCCAUUCGGCGGCCGCGACUCAAGCGCGGACCUGACUGUCGCCGAAGCCAGCAGCUCUGACAGCCGCGGGGAGAGGGCUGAGCUGUACGGCCACGUGGACGAGGGUCUCCUGGGAGGAGAGGCCAGCUACCUGGGCCCGCCCCUCACCCCCGAGAAGGACGAGGCGCUGCAGCAGGCCGCAGCGGUGGCCAACCUGCGGGCGGCACUCAUGAGUAAGAACAGCCUGCUGUCCCUCAAGGCGGACGUGCUCGGGGACGACAGCUCCCUGCUGCUGGAGUACCUGCCCAAGGGCACCCACUCUCUGUCCCUCAACGAGUUCACGGUGAUCAGGAAGAAGUUCAAGUGCCCGUACUGCAGCUUCUCGGCCAUGCACCAGUGCAUUCUCAAGCGGCACAUGCGCUCCCACACGGGCGAGCGGCCCUACCCCUGCGAGAUCUGCGGCAAGAAGUUCACCCGGCGCGAGCACAUGAAGCGGCACACGCUGGUCCACAGCAAGGACAAGAAGUACGUGUGCAAGUUGUGCAGUCGGGUGUUCAUGUCAGCCGCCAGCGUGGGCAUCAAGCAUGGCUCCCGGCGCCACGGUGUCUGUGCCGACUGCGCAGGCCGCGGCGUGGCCGGUCCCCUGGACGGCGGUGGCACCGAGGGCUCCCCCGAGCUGUUCCCUGGCGACGGGCCCUACCUGGAAGAUCCCGACGACCCGCGGGGGGAGGGCGAGGAGGAGCUGUGUGAGGACGAGGACGAGGUGGGCCUGGCCCACGAGGACGCGCUGCUGGCGGCCGAGAAGGGGGACGAGGACUCUCCGCGGGGUCCUGGCAGCCCCCCAGGGGCACCGGACAAGGACUUCUGGAUCUCCUAGGCGCCGGGCCGGGGUGGCGCGGCCCCACCCUCUCCUGUGUGUGCGUGUGUGUGUGUGUCCUGCCUGCGGCCAGGCCAUGCCGACCCCCUUCCUCCCCCAUGAUUCUGUUCCCGCCCCCCAGACACACACACACACACACACCACCCUGAGGCUCACAGGCAGGCAUGACCCCAGGAAGUAAGGGCUCUGGAACCGAACAGCAUGUUGGGGGACACGGGGUGGGGUUGAGCCCAGGAGAGCACACAGUCCGACAUGUCUGUGGGGACAAAUAGAGGAUCCCCAGCAGGUACAUGUAGAUAGGGCGUCGAGGGAGCCCGUGUGGCCGGUCUGGCCUCGGGAUACACCGUAGCCCGAUGGCCAGGUCGGGGUCAGCACUGGUCCCGGUUGUGAGCGUGGUCCCCGAGGCCACAGGCCCAAGAGACGUUAAGGGAGGUUUUGCACACGCCCGAUGUCCAGUGUGGAGUCUCCCCCUGCCCCCUGCUCUGCUCCCCUCUUCUCAGCAGCCCGGUCACUGCCUGCGGCCACCGCCGCAGUCUCUUGCCGCUGUGGUGGCCGCCGGCGGAGCCCAGGUCGGGUGUACAGAAAGCCCGUGGCCCUCCUGCCUCUGGGCUUUGGUGCUUAACAUAAAACAGCUGCAGAAGCCCCCCACUGGGGCCGGGGACCCCCAGGUGCUAUCUUCCGGCAGAGGCAGCCAGGUGGGGACCGAUGGGCCACCGAUGUGCCACGCUCCUCUGGUGCAGGGCUCAGCGCUCCCCGCGCCUGGCCACUUGGGUCCUUUUGGGGGGCCUGGGCUCUUUGUUCUGCGUGCACUUCCUUGGGGAGCCCGGGGGCGGCCUCAUCCCCUGGGCUCUGCCGUCCUCCCUGCCUGGGCCAGUCCUCCUGACCCUCCUGAGUGCCCUUGCCUUGUUGCUGCUAACACUGGAGGCGGUGUUCCUGGCUGCCCUGUGCUGCUCGCACGUCCCCGCGUGGGUAACCAAACUUUUCAAGUAGUCAGAGCCGUCCGGAGGUAGUUACGUAAAAAUACUUUGUUUGGCAUUAUUUUCUCACCUGACGAAACAGAGUUGUCUUUCUCGUCCUCUCGUCGUCCCUUUAGAUGCGCUCCCGCCUCUUUAUUAAUUUUCUGGGUGGAAAGCCAGGCCUGGCUGUGAGGAGCCUCCCCUGGGCCGCAGGACACACACUGGUCUGUCUUCUCCCUCGUUAAAGCCGUUCCUGACGACACUUCACCACUAAGACAUUCCGUCUCGCACCCACGUGGCUCGGGCUUGGGCGAGACUCAGGCCACGUAAAGACUGCCCUGGGUGCUCAGCUGGGGCCCCCGUUGCAGACGGUGGUUUUUAUUUUCUCUUUUUCCACAGACUCUAAGCUUUUACCAGGUUUUUCAUCGUGUCGCAUAUAUUCUUUCUAGGUGGAAAAAGGAAAAUGCCACAAGACCCUAACUUCGGUUCCAAUGGUGGCCGGGAGCACUUUGGGCCCAGGCUGCUGUUGGGGGUGCUGGGGACCAGGGCUGGCAGGAAGCCCUGCGGGGGGAGGGGGGGGUCGCAACUUCUGUGUUUGUCUUAAAUACAGUCAGCCGAGUAUCCAUCAGUUAGAGGGCCUGCACAGAGCUGUCAUCCGGCCUCCUGCACUCCUGUCCCGCGUGGUGACCGCGCGGUGACCGAGCCCUCUCUGGCUGCCCUGCUUGCCCAUCCGCCCACGGUGGGCAAGGCCAGCGCAGGGGCUCUGGGACACACUUCCCUUCCUGCCUCUCACCGGUGAGGCCCCGGGCUGCAGCCCUCACGGAGCCCUCAGAACCAACCGCGUACCUCCCCGACUUCAUGAUCCCUUUUCUACACAGACUGAUUUUCUUAUAAAUGUAUUUGGAAACCAGACCUUUGCUACCAACAGUGUCUCUGGGUUUCUUACCGGCCCCCACCCCCCCCCUUCCCGCUCGGGCCGUCCUGCCCACACCCCGGGCCACCUGUGCCUCCGCACUCAGGACACCUCGCUCUUUCUGACCCGCUCGCUCCCUGCUCUGGACCGCCCUUGCUGGCCUUUUGGGGGGCUCGCUGUCAGUGCCACGGGGCAUCUUCUUCCUUAAAACCAAUACUGUACCGGACGACCGAGGGCCCCGCUCUGCCCGAGCUCCCCAGGCGUUUGCUGCGUGGCAACCUCAGCUCUACGCGGUUGUCCGCCGUCGGGGAUGAACCCGUCACCUCUCAGGAGGCGUGGAGGGAAAAGACGUGUAAUGAAGGGUUUUUUUACGUGACUGAUUUUUUUUUAAAUCGAUGUUUAAACUAAUAAAUAUUUUUUUAUGAAGAGGAAAAAAUGUGUAGAUUACAUUUCACGUUUUGUACUUUUCUGUUUGUGUCUUGUGUGUGUUUUGGUGUUUGCAACACCAAAGUGGAAAAUGCAGUCCGUUGAGUGGGGAGUUCUUUGGGGGUGGGGGUGGGCAGGGAACCCGUAUGACUUUUGUAUCAAGCUCUGGAUCCUGACCAGGUUGUACAUUUGGACUCUGGGUUGUGGGGAACAGUCAGAACACUGCCAGGACUCGAUAGGGACCUCGACUCAAGAGACACAGCUGCUGCUUCCAACUUUGCACAUCUUCCUUUUUAAAAGAGAAAACUGAGAAAAUGCAAAAACUGGAACUUUUUGCAAUAUUAUGAAAGAUAAUCUUAAUUUUCGCUCAUCCUGUGACGUGUGCGACGCUUAAGAAAGCCAUACUUCAUGGUUGGUUUUAUUUUUUAGCUUCUAUAUUGUGUUUUGUACGUGGCCCUUUCAGAACUACUUGUAGUGAGGGUGCUGUGUGUGCUUUUCUUAAAUAUUUAUUUUUUCAACAUGCUUUCAACCUGUCAACAAAAACAAAACAGACAAAAAAGGGCAGUGUUUGAAAAACUGUUGUGUUUUUUUUUCCCCCUUGGGGAUGAUCUAUAUUCUACCAACUCUAUAUUAAUCAUCAUAAACCUGUGUUUGUAUCGGAGACGUGUUUCAUACUCGGGGGGCAGAGACUUUGCUAACGGGUCCAGCUGCUACCGUCCGCGGCCACAGGGCAGGCGGACAGCGCACCCUCUCUAGCGGUCUCGCGAUUCUUGUCCGCCUCGGCGAGCUCCGGGCCUGCCUGUGGGUUCCUUUCUGUGACGGGGCUAGCUUAGACACUCUUGCAAAGCUUCCACUUUCAAUAAACUGGGAAAUUGCUGCUC